GGCGGCGGGCGGCAGCCGGGGGCCCCGCGCCAUGAGCAUCGAGACGCUGCUGGAGGCGGCCCGCUUCCUCGAGUGGCAGGCGCAGCAGCAGCAGAGCGCACGUGAAGAGGAUGAGAAGCACGAGAAGCUCCGCCUGGAGCGGGAGCAGGAGCAGCGGAAGGCCAGCGUGCCGCGGGCCAACCAUGCCGUGCCUCCGGAGGAGCCGCGCGGUGAGCUGCUGGUGCCCGUCUCGCCGCCUGCCCCGGCCCCUCCGCCGCCCCCGCCGCUGGCGGCCCCCAUCUCCGUCAUCCCCAUCCCCGUGGUCACCAGCCCGCCGCAGCCCGCCGCCCAGGCCGCCCUGUCCCCGCCGCUGGCUCAGCGCCACCCGCCCCUCGUGAGCACUCCGGGCAUCACCAAGGAGCCGCCCUCCGUGGCCCCGGUCAUCCAGCGGCCGCCGGGCGCGCUGCUGCCGGACGGGAAGGCGGGCACGCCGCCGGCGGGCAGCCCGAAGCAGCUGCAGCACUACGCGGCGCCCGUCCUGGCCAUCUCGCAGCACCACGUGGUCCCGCAGCCCAUCCAGCCCCAGCCCGUGCCGCACCCGGCCCCGCCGCUCGGCGCCCUGAAGCUGGCUCCGGCGGAGGACGUGAAACCCAGCGAGCAGAAGAAGAGGCCCGGAGGGGUUGGGACCAGGGAAGUACAUAAUAAAUUGGAGAAAAACAGACGUGCACAUUUGAAAGAAUGCUUUGAGACAUUAAAACGCAACAUCCCCAACGUAGACGACAAGAAGACCUCAAACCUCAGCGUCCUAAGGAGUGCCUUGCGAUACAUCCAGACUUUAAAGAGAAAGGAAAAAGAAUACGAGCAUGAGAUGGAGCGGCUGGCAAGAGAGAAGAUCGCCACCCAGCAGCGGCUGGCAGAACUGAAGAACGAGUUGAGCCAGUGGAUGGACAUCAUGGAGAUUGACAGAAUUGUUCGACAGACAGUUCAGCCAGAGGAUGACCAGGCAUCUACCUCCACAGCGUCAGAGGGUGAAGACAACAUGGAUGAAGACAUGGAAGAUGACCGGCCUGUGAACUCAUUACCAAAACUAGCCCAGCGCCAGCACCCAGAGCUCCUGAAAGCCGUCCCUUCAAACGCUGCUUCCCAUCACCUGGCGGUUUUGCCUCAGCACCUGUCUAUCCAGCAGAAACAGCCCCCAGCCCACGCACAGCCUUCCAUCCAGACACAAGCACUGGUCCAGCCGCAGGCGAUCGUCCCAGCACAGACUCACAUCGUGGCGGCUUCAACAGUGCAAUCGACUGUUAUUGCCCACACCGCCACUACCCACGCUUCGGUCAUUCAGACUGUCAACCACGUCAUUCAGGGUCCACAGACCAAGCACAUUGCUCACAUUGCACCUUCCACGUCCAGCCCUGUGCAACUUACCACUGCUGCUCAGCCUAUCGGCCACAUCACUGUGCACCCAGCCACCAUCAACCACAUGGCCCACCUCGGCCAGCAGCUGCCCAUCUACCCUCAGCCCGUGGCCGUCAGCCAGCCCGUGGUGAGCCACAUCGCUCACACGAUCUCUCACCAGCAAGUGAAUGGAACCACGAGUCUGGGCCAGCAAGCGGUGAUGGCCAAGCCGGCCGUAGGAACCCAAGUUGUCCAUCACCCACAGUUAGUUGGGCAAACGGUCCUAAAUCCAGUAACUAUGGUAACCAUGCCGUCAUUCCCAGUGAGCACACUGAAGCUGGCCUAGAGAGAAUCGUCUGCAGGUGAAGUCUUUGUUGGGAACCUUUCCUAAACUCCGUACAUUCCAACCACGUCCGACUCCGCGGGUUGAGGUGCAGAGCGGCGGGGCACAGCGUGGGCCUGUGCUCACUGCCCAGCAGCCAGCCUGGCAUGGCCAGAGGGGCCUCUCUGCACUUGAGUUUUGUUAAUCUGAGAAAACUAAAAGGACAGUUGUUCAUGGUGAUUUUUUUUCCUUUUAUGUGUAAUCGGUGAAAUAUGGUUAUGAUGUUCUUAAGACUUUAAUUUUCCCCUUUUAUGUGUUGCUUCUUUGUAGAAUAAAUCUGCUGAUCUCUUUAUUGAGGCGUUGCGUAGAAUGGGAAAAAAUCAUAAAAGUCUAUAUUUAUAUAUAUGUGUGUAUGUGUGUGUAUAUAUAUGUAUAUACAUAUAUAUAUAAAUAUAACAUUUGAAGAAGGCCUUUUGUAAGGUUGAUUAUUUUGCAGGAUUAUUAGUCAAAAUUCAGUUUUGGAGGAAGAAGACACAGUGUCCUCUCUAAACAAGAAACUUUACGUUAGAUGGUUUGGUGGACCAGGGUACACAGACAGUGACAAAAACAGAGCAAAUUGAACGUUCGAGAUAUUUCCCAUCAGUAUAUUACAUUUCAAAAAACCAUCUAAAAUCACUGUGACUUGUUAUGGCAUUUUAAGGAAGUUCUCUGUCCUGUUUAAUAAAAGGAAAAAGAAUACACAACCGGA